UUAGAAGGCAGGGAAAAUAAUUUAUUCCUGGACAGAUGUGAGCCCGGAAGCCUAUAACUGUGAACAUUCAGAGGGGAUUUUGCUUAAAAGGGUGCGAUCAGCUGUUUUCUUCCUUCAGAAACUGGGUCGUGCUACACUUUCUGUGUCAGAUGAAUGGAUUAAUACCCCAGCUGUUUCAGCUUUCACUUUUACUCUCUGGUAUAGGCUCAUUUAGCUAUAACUCUACUAUGUUCUCCACUGAAUCAACCACCGACUACUAUGACUAUACCUAUGACUAUCCAGAAGAAGGCUUUGGAAUAUGCGUUUAUGAGAAAUAUGGUGCUUACUUUCUCCCACCCCUCUAUUCCAUUUUCUUCCUCCUUGGUCUCCUUGGAAACUCUUUGGUGAUCUGGGUAAUUGUCUCAGGAGUGAGACUCCGCAGCAUGACUGAUGUAUGUCUGCUAAACCUGGCCGUUGCUGACCUUCUCAUGGUGAGCUCUCUUCCUUUCCUCGCCCACCAAGCCAGAGACCAGUGGCUUUUUGGAGAUGCUAUGUGCAAAAUGGUCCUUGGUAUCUACCACAUAGCCUUUUACUGCGGGAUCUUUUUUAUCUGUCUGAUGAGCGUCGACCGUUACUUGGCCAUAGUGCAUGCAGUUUAUGCCCUGAAAGCACGGACACGCACCUUCGGUAUUGCAGCAGCGGCCGUCACAUGGGUGGCUGGCUUUUUGGCCUCUUUUCCUGACCUGAUCUUCCUCAGAGAGCAAAAAAGUGUCAACAGCUCUCAUUACUGCUCCCCUGAGUAUCCCAUUAAGUCAAUCAAUGACGGAACCCUCAGCCCUCAUUUCUGGAGAGUGUUUAGUCUCUUUAAAAUGAACGUUUUGGGUCUGUUUCUCCCAGUUUUCAUCCUGAGCUUCUGCUACUCUCAGAUCAUUUGGAGAUUGCUGUCAACUCAUACCUCUAAGAGGCAGGCCAUCCGUCUGGUAGUUGUCGUGGUGGCUGUUUUCUUCUUCUGCUGGGUUCCUUACAAUGUGGCAUCCUUCUUCAAAGCCCUGGAACUUAUGAACAUCUACACCGCAUGCAAAAGCAGUAAGGUCAUCAGGCUGGCUUUACAGAUUACUGAAGCCAUCGCAUACUCCCACAGCUGCCUGAACCCCAUUCUGUACGUAUUUGUUGGGGAGAAGUUCAGGAGACACCUUGUGAGGCUGAUAAACAGAGCUCCGUGCAGUCUGUGCCAGGUGAUCAAGUUGUACCUUCCUCAGGACAGAGCGACCUCAGUGUACUCACAAACUACCAGCGUGGAUGAAAGAAACACUGGGGUGUAAUCUGGAAGUCUGAACUCAUACUGUUGCUUAUACCGAUACCGACAGACUGUUUAUAUCAAGUCAUAUAAGUUUUUCCUAAUUUCCAGGUAAUUUCAGGUAUGCUUUAUUUGUUGCAUGUAUGUAAGCCUUUAGACUUUGCUGAAUGUAACACUUUCCAAUGCACAAUUAUGUAACAAUUUACCAAAUACCUUAAAUGUUUUUUCUUAUACUGUAUAUAUAAAUUCUUUAUAUAAGUGUGUGUCAGUAAUUCAGAAUUUCUUAGGAAUGCUAUUUUGAUUCUGUUAAACUCCCAAAAUUAAAUUCAUUAUUAUAUCACUUAUUACAUAAUGUUUAUGAUAAUGGCUUCCAUCUAAUAGAAAAUUUAUUAAGAAGAAUAUAAUUUAACAUACAAAUGAAAAAGGUUUACUAGAAGAAAGUAAGUCCAUAUAAGGGUCUGUGUAGGGGGAUAGCAUUUUUAUGUUUUAGAAUCUCAGUUUCCCAUGGCAUGUUUUUGUUGCAUG